AUGGAGUCUCCUCAAUUAGCUGAAGCCGAUCAUCAGCUUAGAGUUGUGUUUCUUCCAUUCUCAUCAACAAGCCACAUCAUACCCGUCGUUGAUAUUGCCAGAAUCUUCGCCAUCUUCGGCGUCGACGUCACCAUCAUUGCCACCCCAGCCAACGCCGCCAUUUUCCAGAAAUCCAUCGACCGCGACUCGGCUCGUGGCCGCCCCAUCAGAACCCACAUUGUCAAAUUCCCAUUCGCUGAAGUGGGUCUUCCCGAAGGCAUCGAAAACUUCAAUGCCGAUACUCCUCCUCACACGCCCUCCAAAAUCUUCCAGGGACUCUCUCUUCUCAGAGACCAGUUCGAGCAAUUGUUUGAGGAUUACCAAGCUGAUUGUAUCGUCACCGACAUGUUCUUUCCUUGGAGUGUCGAAACGGCAGCUAAGAUGAACAUUCCGAGGUUGAUUUUCCUCAAUGGAAGCUGCCUCGCUCACGCUCUUGAACAUGCCAUCGACAAGUACCAGCCUCACCGGAGGGUGGAAUCCGGCACUGACAGUUUCGUCAUUCCUGGUUUGCCUCACGAAUUAAGGAUGACACUUUUGCAGGUACCAGAUUGGCUCAGGACAACAAACACGUUCACCCAUAUGAUGAAUGCGAUCAAAGAUGCAGAGAGAAAGAGCUUCGGGUCUCUGUUCAAUAGCUUCUCCGCUCUGGAUGGGGAUUACACCGAGCAUUACAAGAAAAUCAUGGGAACUAAGAGCUGGGGCGUGGGCCCAGUUUCCUUGUGGGCCAAUCAAGGCGAGGAUAAAGCUGAGAGAGGACGCGCCAAUGUCAAAGAAGAAGAAGGGUGGCUUAAAUGGCUUAACACGAAAGUAGAGGACUCUGUCAUUUAUGUCAGUUUUGGAAGCAUGAACAAGUUCCCUCCUUCUCAGCUGAUCGAAAUAGCUCAUGGCCUGGAAUCUUCAGGACACGAUUUCAUCUGGGUGAUUCCCAAGAAGGAAAAAGGACAUGAAGGUGUUGAAUUUCUCGAGGAAUUUGAGAAGAGAGUUAAAGAAACCAACAAGGGUUACGUGUUUAAAGGUUGGGCCCCACAGUUACUGAUACUGGAUCAUCCUGCAAUUGGAGGGAUCGUGACUCACUGUGGAUGGAACACGAUAGUGGAGAGCGUGAACGCAGGCUUGCCAAUGGUGACGUGGCCUUUGUUCGCAGAGCAAUUUGGGAACGAGAAGCUGCUUGUGGAUGUGCUGAAGAUUGCAGUACCAGUGGGAUCGAAAGAAUGGAGAAACUGGAAUGACUUUGCAGAAGAAACAGCUGUGACGAGGGAGGAGGUAAGAAAGGCCGUGGCUUCGUUGAUGGGCGAGGCAGAAGAAGCUAGAGAAAGAAGAAGGAAAGCGAAAGAGCUGAGCCAAGAAGCGAAGAAAGCAAUAGAGGUUGGCGGGUCUUCGUACAACAGCGUUAAGGAAAUAAUUGAAGAGAUCAGAGCAUUCAAGAGCCGCAAGGUUAUAACCAAGGCCUGA